CCUGCGCCUAUCGAUAACAGUUGAAACUAGUAAACCAUAAACUAAAGUUAGUACCUACUAGGUACUACCUAUUUCUACAGGUGUUGGUGGAGAAGCUCAUUUGAGAAACGGCGGCCAAGACGAUUGGAGUUCUUAGCACCGGCAACAUGGUUCUCUCGAAGCCCCUCUACUCGCUCUUUGGAACUUAUCUGGAGCAGCUCUUCAACCAUCCGGUGCGCACCAAGUCCAUCACGGCAUGCGUUCUGGCCACCUCGGCCAAUGUGACCUCGCAGAGAUUGGCGGGCGCCAAGACGCUCAACCAGCAUAGUGUCUUCGCCUACGGACUGUUUGGCCUGAUCUUCGGAGGCAGUGUGCCCCACUACUUCUACACGACGGUGGAGCGACUCUUCGACCAUGAUGUGAAGUUCAGGAGGUUCUUCCUGUUCCUCUCCGAGCGACUGGUCUAUGCCCCCAUCUACCAGGCACUUUCGCUCUUCUUCCUGUCUUUGUUCGAGGGCAACCCUCCCAGCGUGGCGAUCAAGAACGUGGAGAAGCUCUACUGGCCCCUGCUGAAGGCCAAUUGGCAGUACCUCUCCCUGUUCGUCUACCUCAACUUCGCCUAUGUGCCCCCGAUGUUCCGGUCCAUCAGCAUGGCCAUCAUCUCCUUCAUCUGGGUGGUGUACAUUGCCAAGCGGCGGCGCCGCUUCCAGGAGAAGCUGGCCGCCGAGAAGGCAGCCAAAUAAGCAUUCCGGCCUUUAAAC